CCCUUUCAAGCGCAUACAUCAUCGCACAGAAAGAUUCGUUUAAUUUAAAUACGCAUCUUUAUUCUCUUUCUUUUUUAUUUUAGUUUUCCCCUCACAUUGAUCACUAAUUUUUUUUUCAACUUUAAGUCCAACCUUACUCAACCACGCUUUGGUUUUUUAUUAAUAUUAGCCAUGUCCGACAAUUACUUUUUGGAGCAACAGACGGAAUACGAGGGUGGCGCUGGAUGCAAGUCGUACCCGGUGCAUGUAUACAAGCACAAGGCAACAGAGUUCCGGGUUGUUGUGUGCCAGGUGCCGGGCCUGCUGUGCGGCUUAUCCGUGUGCAUACCCACUCUUUGUUCGGACCACCGGGGUUCCCCGCACACUCUCGAGCACUUGGUGUUUUGUGGCUCCGAGAAAUACCCGUAUCGCGGAUACAUUGAUUUAAUGGCCUCUCACAACCUUGGUCAGCCCAUGAAUGCGGCGACAUAUAGAGACAUGACAACGUACAAGUUUGUUGGCCUUUGUCAAGAAGGCGCCGCCAAUGUUCUUCCUGUCGCACUUGACCACAUUAUGCACCCGAUUAUUCAUGACAACCACUUUGCCACUGAGGUAAGAGGGCUACCCUGUUUGUUUUCUGAGCUUCCAUCCUGCCCACAUCACCAUGCUUGCUGUAUUGUUCUGUUGUUGCCACACAUUUUUAACAUUUAUCUUAUACAUUGCAUUAUCGCUGCUAAUUUGUGGCAGCAGGUACGCAUUGGCAAUAUUGUUCACUGUUUGCAUAUAAACAUCAAUCAGUGAUAAUGUUUCUUAUGAAAAACUCAUUUGCCACUAUGCACAUUCACGCAGCUAUUUCUCUUUUAUACAAAACCAGCCAUUCUAUAGAAUUGCGCAGCAUGACGCGAUGGCGCCUAUUUUUAUUUUGUGCAAAGCACCUUGGUUCAUCAUGUGUGGAUGGAUGCGCACUCGCAUUAUGCGUUGGCAG